ACCUACCCGUUAGGCUACUGCUGUGCACUGCUGUAGUCCCACCCAAGCCUACACAUAGAUCAGCGCAUGCUUGGGGUGCCCGACUGACCGAACCUGCGCUGUCUCUCGAAGGAGAGCCCGAAAAGUUGGCCGUUUCCAGCGCGGGGCAAAACGCUCGGCUAUCCUGGCAGGUUCAACCCAUACAUCGCAGGAAGGUGGACCAUGCCGUCCCUACGAGUCAUGAGUGCCUUGGCUGUAGCUGCCAUUGCCGCGAAGCCUGCGCAGGGAUUCCUGGCUCCUGUUACGCCAGGGAGAGGGGGAGAGGCAGCAGGUUCCAUCAGCAGCAACCGUCCAGCAGCAGCAUCAGCAAUGCAGCGUCUUUCCCGCUCCUGCGACGCUGGGGGAGGAGGUGUGGUGGCGACGGCAACAAGUAGCAGGAGCAGCAGCAGGCGUAGCAACGGCUUGACGAUGAUGAUGAUGGCCAAGAAGAAGGCCGGGCGGAAGAAGAAGGGGGCAAAGAAGGCUGCUGCGGGGAAGGCGACUGCCGGCCAGGGUGGUGUUGCAGUAGCUGAGCCAGCAGCACCAGCAGCAUCGGCCGCCGCCGCCGCCGCCGCCGCCGCCGCCGCGGCGGUAGAAGAAAAUGCCAAGAUGUCGGCAGCGGGGACAACAAUCAAGAACCGAGCGGGGGGCGAGCAGCCGGUGGCGAUACCACCACCGACGACAGCAGCAAGGAAAGCCACUCCUCUCGACGCCGCCGCAGCUUCCGUGGAUACCGGAGGCCCAUCGCCAAAGGCAUCCGGCGGGGCACAGGCCGCCGGCGGCGGUGCAACCAAGGGGUUCGGGGCCCCCGCGGCACCGCAACCAAGGCCGGUGCAGAAGGGGCUGAAUAAGGGACCCGUGCCCAUGAAGGCCCAGCAGGGCGGGGGAGCAGCGCAAACCAAGGCGCAGUCUUCUUCGCCGCCUCCGAAGCAGACGGGCUUCGACGCACUGGCGACAGGGGUGCCGGUUGGGGGGCAGACGGACCAUCAGAAGGCGAACGCUAACCGACGUGGAGUUUUCGGAGCCGGAAUCGGAGCCAGACACGGUGCGUCUCAACAAGGGCGCGGGCAAGCGGCAGGUCAACGGCGCGGAGAUGUCGCCAGCAGGUGCGACAUGCUCCAGUACCUCAGAGACAACAACCUUACGAUCGAUCUGGAGACGAUGAACCCGGUCGAGAUUCCGAAGGAGACCGAUGCCAAAAUGGAGGCAUUUUUCCCCUUCCCCCCGGCAAACGUCGUGGCCAAGUACUCCCUGGGUGCCCAGCCCAAGCCCUCGCAGUUCGCCGCUGCAGUGAUCGCGCUGCUGCCGGAAGAUGAGCCAUGGAACGGAGCCAAGAUUCGACCGCUGCCCGAGCUGAAGGAUUUCCUAUUGGCGAACCGUCGGCAUGGGGGGAAACGAGGGAUGAACGUUAUCUCGGCCAUGAUGCUCAAGGCAAUGAGCGAGGGGGACCUGGAUCGCGCCAAGUACCUGAAGGGCGCCGCGAUAUGCAUGACCAAGGCUGAAGACACCAUCACCGGUCCUUUCCGACAGGCUGUUAUGUUUGCGGAGAACCGGUUGGCGCCGUGCAUGGGGAGCACGGUUUGCGAGGAGUACGCCGGAGAAGACGCCGCGGACGCUGCAGCCACGUGGGUCGUGCUCAAGGCUUGCGUUGCGGAGUGGGAGCUGCGCCUCAGGGAAAUGCGGGGGGAGGAGAUCGGGCUCCAUGACAUCUUCCGGACCAUCCCCAACCCCACCAUGGGUUUGGACGAGGAGAGGACGGCGGCCAUCACAGGGAGCGUGCAGGCCAUGGGGUUGGCUUUCAGCAACAAUGAAAAGCUCAUGAAGGGCCUACCGGCGGUGCUGCGGUUCAUGGACGGAGCGCUCGGACUCAACACCACCACUGACGUUAGGCGUUUCGCCUUGAAGGAGUUCUGUCCGAAGGAAGGCAUGGCGCCCGAGGACCUGAGGCUCAGGGUUCGCUCGUUGAUGACGGGCCUUGACCAGCUUCCCUCAAAGUCCUACCACCAGCUUCAGGUUGCCGUCGCAGACGUGUACCAGUGUCUUGCCGAGGGGACGGAGGACGAGUACUGCCUGUACCUCAACAAUUGGGAAGAGAGCACUACUCAGGGCGACGAGAACCUUAGCUUCCAGUCCUACAGGCUGGACACCGGUGAGGUGUGGCGAAACCGUCUUCGCGAGAUCGUGACGACGCCGGUUCCCGUUCGGGAAGACAAGGACGACUACGAGGUGCUCUUCAAGGAGAUUUUGCCCAAGAGCCUCUGGAACUUCGCUGCCUCAGACAACACGGACAAUUUCGAACUCCCUUUCGUGUACCUCAAGAAGGGCUGGUGGGACUCGUUGGACUACUUGGACCCUGACCGGGUCGCGGAGAUGAGGGCGAGAGAGGCGGAGGAGAAAGCCCUGGUGAUGGAGGACCCCAGUUUACGGGCGGAGGAGGAAGAUGAUGGCGAAAUGGAUGAUAUCUUCACCGACUUCAUGAAGGAGCAGGAGCUGGAGAUGUCGAACUUCGAGUUCACUGAGGAGGAUUUCGCGGACGAUGGCAACUACGACGAUAUCCGCGACGGGCCAGGCCCUGGCAUGGAGGAGGUAAACCUUGGCUUCGAAGGCGGCCCCGGUGUCGUGGACUUUGGCCUCUAGAACAAUAUAAACCCCUUGCCGUCUUGUAAUGCUUGCUGGGACUAUCAAAUGGUCCGGUGAUAGAACGAAGAAUAUGGGGAGCACGGUAAGGUGAUUGAAAUAGGGCCUGUUGCCUACGUGUACCUGGUACAUCGUAGAAUGCUGGCUUUUCCUCUUCGAUUUUUUUUUGUUUUGGUCCUCACGGGGGAUGAUAUCGCCCGACAGGAUCCAUAGCGACAAUCUCGGGUGGAAGGUUUGUCUCUCUGUUGUAUUCUGUUAGGAUUGGCGCGGAAUGUUGAGGCACGGGCCGAGGGAUAAGAACGAGCAACAUCUGUACUGUGGUUGAUACAGUAGUAAUCGAAUACUGGGUAGGAAAUAUAAGCGUUUUUUAUGCGUUUUUGACAUGGCUGGUUUGAAGUUUCGAGUCUGGUCACGCUUUUGAUUUGACGAGUUAAGCGAGCGACGAGACUUUCGGACUAACAUGAAGUUUAGCCCGCUAGGCUGAUUGUGGUAAAUGGGAAUCAAGCGUCGCACUAUGUAGCCGAAGUUAUCGCCACGGGGUGGGGGCGAUGUGGUUUGCACCGACUUCCAUGGAGCUGGAGCGCCGCGUUAGCCGGAGUUUGAUUAUUGAGCUUCAGACUGUCUUCGCCAUUGACUUGACUGUUAGUAGUAGUGAUGGCAUUCAUUCUGUAUGCCGCGGAUAGCUACACAGCGGAUUUAUUUCCUUCCAUGGCACUGUCGUCGAUGUUGUUUAUAUAUCUCGACCGCGAUGCGAACAUAAUGACUCUUCCUCGACGUAGUUUUUUCCUACUCGAAACGACCAGUCAUUCGCCGGUACUUUGGCCUGUUUUUUCGGUAGCCCUACACUUUCGAACAUCUGCCGGCUUAGCAACUAAAGUAAUUUCUAAAACCAUGACCUGUACAGGAGCUGAGAGUCAUCGUUGCAUCGAGUAAUUUUGCGUAGCUUCGAACUGCUGGAUGAGGGACCAUUUGUACUCUCGAUGGAUGGGGGAACCUCCCGUUCUCUUUCUGUGAAGACGUUCUGAGGGACAAGGUAUUCCAAUGUUGAUGCCGGCGGCGGCGGUGUUACUCGGAGUACAUCGUCAAUGAGGAUCCCCCAUGUUCCAUGCUUGUGAUCGAAACGAAAAGGGUUAAACUGUGAAUGAAUAUCG